AGAGGCAGGGUCUCGGCGAAGGUUUCGUCUCCAAAUUUGAAGGGAGACUAUUUCCCCAGGUAUUUGAUUCAAUUUGGGGUUUAAUGGAGGUAAAGUACGUUGAAUGUAUUUAAGAUGGAUAUUACAACAGCGGUGUUCAACGCGGCGAGAGAUGGUAAACUGAAACUUAUCCAGAAGUUGUUGAGCAACAAAAGUCCGGAGGAGUUGGAAGCGCUUGCUGAGGAGAAGACACAGGGUGGCACUCCGCUCCUGAUCGCUUCUCGAUAUGGACAUUUGGAGGUAGUGGACUACUUGCUUGAACACUGUAAAGCCAAUGUCGAGUUAGGAGGUUCGGUUAAUUUUGAUGGAGAGACGAUUGAAGGUGCUCCCCCCCUGUGGGCUGCUUCUGCCGCAGGGCAUUUGCCUGUCGUCCGAACUCUUCUGAAACACGGUGCCUCUGUCAACAGUACGACGUUGACGAACUCAACUCCUCUGAGAGCCGCUUGCUUUGAUGGUCACUUGGAGAUUGUGCGUUACCUUGUUGAGCAUCAUGCUGAUAUGGAGGUGGCUAAUCGUCACGGCCAUACUUGUCUAAUGAUCUCCUGCUACAAAGGCCACAGAGAAAUUGCCAAGUUUCUGUUGGAGAGGGGCGCCGACGUCAACCGUAAAAGCGUUAAAGGUAAUACUGCCCUUCAUGACUGUGCUGAAUCUGGGAGUCUGGAGAUAAUGAAAAUGCUGAUGAAGUGCAAUGCACGCAUGGAGAGAGACGGCUAUGGCAUGACCCCUUUACUGGCAGCCAGUGUUACUGGCCACACCAACAUUGUAGAGUACCUGGUACAUCAGCCCCGUGCCUCGAGAGAGGAGCGAAUCGAUGCUCUUGAGCUUCUGGGUGCCACCUUUGUGGACAAGAAGCGUGAUUUGCUGGGCGCUAUGCGCUACUGGAGACGGGCUAUGGAGCUGCGUCAGCCUGGGGAGAAGGCCGGGGCUCUGUGCAAACCUCCUCCCGGUCCUCCUGUCCCUGCAUAUGACUGUGCUCGGGAGGUGAGCAGCGCAGAGGAGCUAGAGGCCCUUAUAACCGAUCCGGAUGAGAUGCGCAUGCAGGCCUUGCUGGUGCGGGAGCGCAUUUUGGGUCCGUCUCACCCUGAUACCUCCUACUAUAUACGUUACAGGGGUGCCGUGUAUGCAGACUCUGGCAACUUUGAGCGCUGCAUCAGCCUCUGGAAAUACGCCCUGGACAUGCAGCAGAGCAACCUGGACCCCCUUAGCCCAAUGACAGCUAGCAGCUUCCUGUCCUUCGCUGAGCUCUUCUCUUUUGUGCUUCAGGACCGUGCCAAAGGCACCCUGGCCACCCGCGUUACCUUCCAGGACCUGAUGGGGGUGCUGGGGAAGAGCGUACGCGAGGUGGAACGGGCAGUGGCCCAGAGGGAUAACCCACCAGAGGCGCCUCAGUUCACCAAGGCCCUGUCCAUCAUUUUACACCUCAUCUUCCUUCUGGAGAAGCUGGACUGCAGCCCAGAGCAAGAGCACCUGAAAAAGCAGACCGUCUACCGUCUGCUUAAACUCAAUCCGCGGGCGCGCUGCGGAUACACCCCUCUACACAUGGCUGUGGAUAAAGAGACCACGUCGGUGGGGCGUUACCCGGUCGGCCGUUUCCCAUCCCUGGCCGUGACCGCGCUCCUGUUGGAGUGCGGGGCGGACGUGGACGCCCGAGACUGUGAAAACAACACUCCCCUGCACGUCGCGGCCGCCAACGGCUGCCCGGAGAUCAUGAGCCUGUUGCUGCAGGCUGGGGCUCACUUUGACGCCACCAACGCGCAGCAUAAGACGGCCUACGAGCUGCUAGACGAGCACAGUAGCGGCCGACACUCCUUGCACCCCCUCAAUUACAUCACCCUGCAGUGUCUGGCAGCACGAACCAUAGAGAGACACAGACUACCGUACAAGGGCCUCAUCUCGGAGGAAAUGGAGGCUUUCAUUGAGCUGCACUGACCUCAUCUCAUCUCUCAUAACUCAGAUCUCCUCUUUUCUCUCUUUCUCUCUCUCUCUCUCUCUCUCUCUCUCUCCUUCUCUCCUUCUCUCUCUCCCCCCUAAUCCUAACCUGACUCUCUUCAUCUUGCCUAGCGUCACAUUUCUCAGGCUUAGUCUAAAUCAAAGCAAUAACAGCGGGUCACUAAUGGCAAAUAAUGAAAAGGUGUGUACUUAUCGGCUGAGAUGAUGUGUGUGCUCUAUUGUGUUUUUUUUUUUUCUUCUCUCUGUCCAAAGGAGUUAUGGGAGGAAAAGGGGGGGGGGGGGGACACUUUCAAGUGCUAAAAUACCAGUUACAGUUAGCUUUGGGUUUGACUAAGGCUUUUCUUACCUUGAUCCCUUUGUUUCUUCUCUGUUCCACCGAGAGCAGGAAACAAACAAUUUUUUGCAUUGCCUGUUUGUAUUCGUUUAUAAUAUUCAAUUCUUAAGGUGGUGGCUUGUGUUAAGGUCAGGUAUAAAAGUGCGCUGUUCUUACUGUUAGAAGUUAUACAAUUUUUUUUUUUUUUUGUGCUAUUUUACUGCAUGAGCACGAGAGAAACAAGAGUGGCCAGGCUAGUGUGUUUAUGCGGUCUCUCCUGUAAUGCAAGUGAAUAUAGCCUAUGGCUGGAACAUCACCAAUGCACAGCUUUCCUAUCUGCUGCUCCAAUUUAUCCUCAUCAUACUGGUCAAAACAUGCUGUGUUUUUUUUUUUCUUUCUUUAUUUUUCUCCCAUUUUAUCAUAACUUCAAAGGAACAACCCCAACGUGCCAAAUCAAAGCCUUACAUUUUCGUAUUGUCGUGUUUUGGCUUUUUAGGCGUUAUGCAUUAAUUUUUAAACAAUGAGCCAGUGAUGCUGUAAAGCCACAUUUGGCCUCCUGAAUGUCUACUAAUAGCUUUUUUUUUUCUCCCCCUUACCCUUUAAGGAAAAAACGCUCAUUUUUAUCUCUAUAUUCUGCCACGAGAGAACAGAAAACGAAAUGGGCUUGUAGGUUUUCACUCCUCAGUGUAUUGACCGUAAUAUGUAGGACUUGGCACUUUACCCAGUAUGAGAACAUCUCCUCUUGGUCGACUGGAGUUCAGUUUAUCUAUGCAGUUUAUUAUCUUGAGAGGCGGAGCUGAUUAACAGAGUUGACGAACUAGACUGGAUUUCAGGUUAAGAAAGUGAGCUACAUAUGCAUUUUACUGUUGUCUCUGAUUAUCCGUUUUACCCAAAGGAUUAUCACUAUCUCAUUCACGCCUAAGCUUUAGUUUUCUGUUUGGUCUACCUGUUGUUUGCAUCCACGUGAAAGCACUUUGAAAUUGCUAACACUUUACUUAACCUCUAAAACUUGGGACUUUCUCUUGCAAAGAAUCCGAUUUGAUUUAAUUUAAGAAAGUAACUUCAGGACAAAAAUGUGUUUUGA